AAAAAAUUUUCCCCAAUCACCGAAAAAAAAAUGUUUCGAACUCUCCGAUCCCGGCUCCGAUCACAGCGGCGCCCUCGCUAUGGGUUGUUGCUAUGUGCCCUCGUUUCAACCCUCUUCCUCUUCUCUUUCCACCAUACACCCCAAACCAACAACCCCCACCACCACCGCCACCAUCAUCACCGUCACCACCAUCAUCGUCGUUUUCUCAGAAGAAUCCAUCCCUUCCACCAUUUGGUCAACUACGACACCCUCCUCUCCGAUUCCGUCGUCGACGCCGCAUCUUCCAGCGAGGACGCCAUCGACGCCCUUGACAUCGUCGACGAACAAUCCACUCUCGGUGACACAUCCGACGAUGACGACACUGCUGACGCCGGCGAAGAACCCUCCCUCAUCCAACUUAAUGUUUCCGGCUACUUCUUCUACCAUGUCGGUGGCGCCAUUAGAAAGGCCUUCACCAAGAGUUCCCCGGGGGAUCGGGAAGAUGGGUCUCGCCAAGUUGGAAUCUUUUUGGGGUCUCCGGUAAUGGGUAAUGAAGAUCGAAGCAAGGCCACGUUUGGCUCUGAUGAUAUUCCGGUUGAUGAACGUGUUCGGAGGAAGGUUGUUGAGGUAAAGGGUGUGGAAGACGCUCUUCUUUUGAAACUGGGAAGAAAGGAUUCGCCUUUGAGGGAAGGUUGGGGUGAUUGGUUUGACAAAAAGGGUGACUUUUUGAGGAAGGAUAAGAUGCUUAGGUCAAAUUUAGAAGGGUUGAAUCCCCUUCAUAAUCCUUUUCUUCAGGACCCUGAUGGUGUUGGUGUAACUGGUUUGACCAAAGGUGAUAAGAUUUUGCAUAAGGCAUUGUUGAAUGAACUUAAGCGGCAACCCUUUCGUGGAGAAAAGUUGCCAGGAAGCUCACAACAUGAUUGAAUGUUCAUCUUUAUGAUGAAUGUGUUGUUGUUGAAUUAGGUGCUCUAUGUCAAUGCAGGAUUGUGUAGGUACAUAUUAUGCAGGAGAUUGUUUUUUUUUUAAUAUGCUUUCUCUUCACAAGCUGCUGCAAUAGCAUAUAGUGGUGGAUAGGUUUGUAAAUUGUUGUAUUUAAUUACUUCCAAGUUCCUUGGAUACAAAAUAGUGUCAUGUUACUAAUUACUAACAAUUAGGACUAAUAUAAGGCAUGUAAAAUUGUAGUGUGUUCUUCUUUAUUGAAUUGAAUUUAAUUUUGUUAAUAUGCAUUCUGGUUUGUGUUUAUCCUACUAAUUGUUUUUGGAAGGAAUUUACUGAUUAUUAAAGGAAUUGAUGGGCUUCUUCGGUGUCACUCACCCAAAAAAGGGUGUGGAAGACACUCUUCUUUUGAAAUUGGGAAGAAAGGAUUCGCCUUUGAGGGAAGGUUGGGGUGAUUGGUUUGAUAACAAGGGUGACUUUUUGAGGAAGGAUAAGAUGCUUAGGUCUAAUUUGGAAGGGUUGAAUCCCCUUCAUAAUCCUUUUCUUCAGUACCCUGAUGGUGUUGGUGUAACUGGUUUGACCAAAGGUGACAAGAUUUUGCAUAAGGCAUUGUUGAAUGAGCUUAAGGAGCAACGCUUUCAUGGAAAAAAGUUGCAAGGAAGCUCACAACAUGAUUGAAUGUUCAUCUUUACAAUGAAUGUGGUGUUGUUGAAUUGUUGUAUAUACGUUACUUCCCAGUUCCUUGGAUGCAAAAUAUUGUGUCAUAUGU